UGGCGGGAGAUUCCAUGAACAAACCCCUCCACGUCGUGAUCUCUGCCCACUGUUUUUCGUCUAGGGCUUUUGUUUUUCUGUUUUCUCGCAAUAGCUUCAGACAUAUUUCGAGGAAGCAUCGUUUGUUCUGCGUUGUGGUUUUGAUCGAAGUGGGCUUGUUUUCUCCCGUUUUGUUUUGUUUUUUGUUUGUUGUUGUUGUUGUUGUUGUUGUUUUUUCCAGAAUGCAGUACUUUGGUUUUUCUGUUAAUGAAAUGGAAAUUAUGUGUAAUUGUCGGAAAAUUUACUAAAUCCGUUGCUGGAUUCUUCUGUUUCAUGCAUUAUUAUUCUUUCCCUCUGGAGAAAAAGCUUAUUCUUUUUUGUUUUCCUUCUAUUUGGGUCUCCCUCAUUUCUUUUCAUAUAGCCUAAGAACUCAACCGACUCUGAAAAAUAUUGCCUUUAUAUUAAAUAUUUUUAGGAGCAAUUUCAGGGUACAAGCAUUGUGAUUUAGGUAGUGUAAGGUAAUGUAACUCACCACUUCAUUCUCUGUAUGCUCUAUUUUCUGGGGGUUGAUGGCUUAAAUGCAAUUGGUGUAGGCCCUAGGGCUUUUGAUGUUUUGAACUUUUGAUGGGUUGUUUUGAUGAACCAAGUUUAACUGGGUAUUUGGAUAUUUAAGUUUAAUGCUUCUUUGUUAUCAGGUUUCAGAGCAGGUAAAGCUAAUUGCUUCUUGUUUUCAUGCAAGAUAAUUUAGCUUCUUUUUUAUAUUUAGCCCAGAAAAAAAAAAUAUAUAUCGUUGAUCUUAGUUUGUCCAUUGAAAAAACAAUUUGGUGGGAUUAGUGAAAUUUUUUUCCCCUUUUUUUGGUAGGCUUUCUGUGAUUGAUUUCCAAACUUAAGGUGUUUUAGGGCUUUUCUUGGGUUUGAUUAACUAACUGGAAAAGGAAAAGAAACAAAAAGUCCUAGAGUCUUCCAUUGUUGUUGAUAUGUGCAAUUUCCUGGAUUUUUCUGAUUUAGUGUGUUCUAGACAAGAAAUAAGGAGUGUCUAAGCCAAAUUUAGGUUUUAAUAUAAUUUCUCUAAGGAAAGGGGAUAGGUAUGGAUUGUGAUCUUCAAAGGAACUUUUUUUUCUAUCAUCCUUUUUUUUUCUCUCACUAUUGUGUGGGGGUUAGGGAAGAGGGGUGGAUUGUUGUGUGGACUUGUUGUAGUUGUUGAGUGUCUCUGUUCAUUAGACAAUGGUUUAGGUAGACUUAAUGCUCAAAUUGAAGCUAGGGGUUAUAAUAAUCAAGGCUUGAGACUGGUACAAUCACGUGCUUUUGUUUGUUUCAGUUUAAUAAUUUGAUUUACUACUGGAUGGUAGAUCCUAUUUUAUUUUUCUUUUGGCAUAUCUAAUAAUUGAGAAUUUUUUCUUUAUUGGUUUUGAUUGAUGAACCAUCAGGUUGGUAGUCAUGAGAUAGAAUUAAAGACUCUAACAAACAAUGAAGUUUUGCUAUCAUGAUUUAAAAGAAAAAAAGAAACGAACUAAGAAAAACAUAUGCACCAUUGUCUAUGUUACAGGAUUUUGAUCCUAUAGAUGGUGUCUCCAGCAUUUCCCAUUCAAAAGGAUGCCAAAGAUGGCUUCUCUGAUAAGGUCACUGUGGUAUUUGUGUUAGAAAAAUGAUUCAAGACUAUAAGAAGGAAGGAAAAAUUGUUCCCUCUGAGGUAACAGUCAAGCUGCUGCAACAGGCAAUGCAGGGAAGCACAAACAACAAAUUUCUCAUUGAUGGCUUUCCUUGCAAUGAAGAAAACCGCACUGCAUUUGAAAAUAUUAUGAAAGUGGAACCUGAUUUUGUAUUAUUUUUUGAUUGUUCACAAGAGGAGCUGACGAGACGUAUUUUGAAUAGAAAUCAGGGAAGAGUUGAUGAUAAUAUACAAGCCAUACCAAAACGUUUUCAAGUUUAUUUUGAAUCCACUCUCCCUGUAAUUGAUUAUUACAGUUCCAAGGGAAAGGUUCAGAAGAUUGAUGCUGAAAGGUCUAUUGAAGAGGUGUUUGAAGCAGUCAAGAGUAUCUUCCUCAAUUUCAGUGGAGGAUCUGGGGAGGGAAAUUGAUCUUUCCAGUCAAUCUUAAAUGGAAUGUACUACUUUUACUUUCAUGCUCCAUUAUUUUACAAUGUAGUACAUAUUAUGAACUAGGAUAGUAAAUGGAAUGAACAACUUAUACUUC